GAACCUGGCUCUUCUCAGCAUAGUUCCAGUUUCUGCCUUCCCUGAUCAUGCAAAAAUGUCCAAAAUGGUUCUUUAUAUUUCAUUCUUAAUUGGGAUACAGAUAGUUCAUACGUUGGCUGCCUCGACAGCUUCCUUUGUUUACCCGUCUUGCAAUUCUUUGGUGGUAAAGGAUGCUGCAGAAGUGGCCCUUAACAAAAUCAAUUCCAAUCGGAAAAAAGGCUAUGUUCUUGGCCUCCAGCGUAUUUUCGAUGUCCAUGAACUACCCCAGAAAAAUGGUGAUUCUCUUUUCUACCUCACCUUGGACGUCUUAGAAACCGAAUGCCAUAUCCAAAGCGGGAAAAAGUGGAAAGAAUGCAAAUUUAGAAGUGAACAGGGAACAAUGUAUGGCCAAUGCAAAGCAGUAAUUCAGUACAACGGGAAGUCAAAGAGUUCGUUCGUUUACAGUCAUGGCUGCACUUUACGCUCGUUUUCUAGUUCUGUUAUUACACGCCUUUGCCCCGACUGUCCACGACCCGGAAAUCCUUCCGAAGACAGUUUUCAGGAGGUAGCAAAAAAGACCCUGGCCAAAUUCAAUGCUGAAAGUGGCCGCAAUUAUUAUUUUGGCCUUGUCGAUGUCACCAAAGGACAGUCACAGUGGGUUGUAGGUCCUUCCUACUUCGUAGAAUACACCAUCCGGGAGACUUCCUGUCGCAAAAGUCCACCUGUGUCUGACAUCACUCGGUGCCCUCUCCUCCCAUCUGAAGCUGCAGAGAGAGGUCUAUGCAAAGGCUCUGUGAUAAACAGAGGGAAGCCAUUUCAGGAAACUGUCGAAGUAAAAUGCAAUUUAUUCCCACGUCCGAAACCCCAAUCUCCUUACUCAUUCAGGCAAAUCGUGCAAACCAUCCCUCCUUUCCCCAAAGGAUUUUCAAGAUCAUCUAAAUGCCCAGGAGACGUCGCAAUAGAUGUCCAAGGCCUUCAACUCCCCACCAAGGGAUAAAAGCCCUUGAACAAAGAGUGAUGUAUAACACUGAAAGCUUAAUUCAGAGGAAACCUUCCCCUCCCUCCCUCCCUCCCUUCCCUCCUUCAUCAGAAAUUACAAAGAACAGCAACUACUUUUCUGCUCAAGGAAAUAUUAAAAAUAUUCAAUAA